AUGCCAAAUUGCGAUAUACUUUUUGAUCAACUGCAGAGUAGACAGGUCGAUGCUCUCAAGGUUAAGAUAAACAUAUUAAAUAUUGCAUCAGCUAUUCAAAAUAUUAGAAAUAAUAUAGACACGCUAAUUCAUGAAGAAUGGCAAUCACAGCAAGACCCACAAGAACAAAACUUGAACGACAACACCCAAUCAGGUCCAAGUACAAGCAAGAAGAGACGGUUUGUUGAAAAGCAGGACCCUAUUCCUAAUUUAAGGAUAUGUAAGGAAAUUUGUGAUACAAUAGUAGUGCAGUUAAAUGAACGUUUUAGUUUUACUACUCACCUAAAAAUUGCAAGUUUAUUUGAUAGUGAAAAAUUUAAAGACUACCGAGAUUAUUUUCCAAAUGAGGACGUUAAACUGUGUAUAGUUUAG